AUGGAUCCUGUUUCCGCCAUUGGUGUUGCUGGAGGUGCUAUUCAGAUCGCAACCCUUAUUACAAAAACAAUCCAAAGCUUAUCCACGCUCCAUGGUAAAUUCAGUAACGCGGAUCUCACCCUUAAUUCCUUGAUCGCGGAACUCUUGACAAUCAAAGCUGCCAUUACUCAUCUUCAUGAAUUGUCCAAGUACAACUCGAACUGCACACCAAAGCAUCCAGAAUACAUAGAUGGGCUGGAUGUCGCAUUGGACGGGUGUAUCGCCAUUGUGGAUGUACUGUCCGAGGAAGUUGCGCAGCUGACACCCAUCUCGUCGAAUGAAGCACCACAUCGAGGCUGGGGCCUGCGAGCCAAGGCAAAAGUUGUUUGGAAGGAGGAUUUGAUGAGAGAGCAUAGUCAGAUGUUACAUUCCCAGGUUCUGGCAUUACAGCUACUUCUGCAAGCUUGUCAUUGUCGCACAUCUUCGGAACAACUUGAGCUUCUUCGGAGACAAGAAAACCGAGAUAUCAUUAAAAGGGUGUUAAAUGACACUGCAACGUUACGGUCGGCGACCAGCAUAGUGGGAGCUCGAACAGACGAAGCUGCUAGCAGCAUUAGGGGCUCGUGCACUGGUAACACGGUGUUUGAAUUUGAUCAAAUUCUCCUCAACGAGGCCCCGUAUCGACGUGCGAUGCGAAACCAUCAGCUGAGCCUUAGGCAGCCAGCCAUAGUGCCGAAUCGUCAGAAUUCAACGUCAACUCCAAUAUCCCGAACAGAUGAAGGCUAUGCUAGCGGUACAUCUGAAUCUACGAACCCAAGCCUGCUCCAAAAGUUCUUAGAUUCUACAAAUGGCGAUGAAGGCAUCAUCGCUCGCCCGUCAGAAUUUCUGCAGUGCCAUGAAGAUGUGUUAAAGCGCCAUACUCUCUCACCCCGCCCGUCACGUUCCCCCGAAACUGACAAGGGCAUCGAUCGCUCCAAGUCCGCAACUUCCUCGCUUGGGCGGAGGUCUUCAGGGUCGACAAAGGAGAAACUCCUAUCAGCAUUGCGGCGAUUGAACACUUCAAGCCGCUCUAACUCAAGCCUGAGCAUAUCGCCAACUUCUGGCUCAACAAAGCGCCGGCGAAAUCGCGCGAGCGAAUCAAACAUUAGCAUUGACCUAACGUCGAUGGACAACAUAAGGACACCCGCGAUCGUGAGAGCCUCUCAAUCAGGUGCGAUUUUCGAGGUGGAGAACUUUAUCAAUGCUGGGGCGGACAUCGAGACGUGCGAUGUUACGACCGGCCGAAAUGCCCUAGCAGUCGCUGCACAUUGCAAUAAAUCCGAUAUAGUUCGCCUGCUUAUCUAUCAUCAUGCGAAACUCGAUACCCAGGAUGCACAAUUAUCCACCCCCUUGCAUUUAGCAGCGUCUAGAGGUCAUACGCAUAUUCUACAACUCCUUCUGGAAGAGGAUGCUGGGGUCGACCUGAAAGAUGCCAAUGGCAGAACUGCCUUUAUGGUUGCUGCCAAUGCCGGCCACACCGACGCAGCGAAGAUGCUACUUGACUACAAUUGCAAGAUUAAUACGCGGGCCACGGAUCAAAUGACAGCGUUACACAUUGCUGCCAAAAAUGGUGAUUACGAGAUUGCAUCUCUCCUCCUCUAUUACGGCGUUGAUAUCGAAGCGAAAGAUGUGAAUAUGAUGACUGCUACCCAUCAUGCUUGCGAAAAGGGCCAUGUAGCCAUUUUAGAGUUGCUCAUAAAGCACAAAGCAAAUAUUAACGUUGUUGGUGUGGACGAGAUGACUCCCUUGAUCUGUUCCGCAGCUAAUGGCCAUUUCUCUACUACAAAUCUCUUGCUCCGGACGAAGGCCAUGGCUCAUAGCAAAGACCAACACGGGAUGAAUUGCCUACACUGGGCAGCAUUUAAUGGUCAUUCGGAUAUUGUGGGUCUCCUACUUCAGAAGAAAACCUCGUUGUUUUCGCAAAAUCUACAAGGACGAACUGCUCUACAUCUAGCUACUAUGAAUAAGCAGUUCGCUGUUGUUGAGCUCCUUCUUCGCAAAAAUGCACCAGUAGAAGCGCGAUGCCACCAGGGCUUCACAGCGCUUCAUUAUGCCUGCUGCGCGCAGUACGUUGACCUUGUUCGUCUCCUGUUGGCGGCUGGAGCCGAUAUUGAAGCGCAAGUCGAUAAAAUUAAACAGCGUCCAAUACACCUUGCAGCUUCCCUGGGCUCUCUGGAAAUCACAAGGUUGCUAUGUGAAAAAGGUGCUUCAGUAGACGCACUCAGCUCCGAUUCGGCAGGCAGGAGAGCGCUCUCUAUUGCUUGCAGAAGAGGCAAUCUGGAAAUCGUGCAAGAGUUGCUUCGAUUCGGUGCAGAAUCCCGCCUACUCUAUCCCGGCAGUAUAGUUGAAGAUUCGCCGAUUUGCAUUGCCUCGAGAAUGGGCCAUGUUUCUGUGGUCUCACACUUCCUUGCGAAUGGCUCUUCUGCAUUGGAAAGUGAUGAAAUGGGCUGGAGUCCCAUUCUCUAUGCGGCCCAUUUUGGACAUCCCCAAGUGCUCGAAACUCUACUUCAAUAUUAUCGCCCAACUGCGGAUACUCAUCUAUUCCACAUGCUUAUUGGAAUAGGAUUUACACCCGAUGCUCCCAUAUCUCCCGACAAUAGAAAGCAAGUACAAAACCUCAUUCAACAAGUAAAAGAUCGCCAGUUGCUAGGCGACCGUUCACAACCCGAGAUUCCGCUGCGGAUGCCUUCAACUUGCUCCGCGAUACGAUCUAACUCCCAACCAAGCCAACCUAGACACCCAUGGGAGCGGCAGGAGAUCUCUCCCACUCUAGUGUAUGAUGCGCCAGUGCCACAACUCUCCAUGCGACGUCCUUUAUCUCGAAUAGAACUUCCCACCACCGUUAGUCAAGGCCUUCCUGAUCCUCGCCGGAGGAUGCAAGGAAGUGCCAGCCAGGAGACUACCCCACCUAAGUCUCCAGCCGCGCACAUACAGUCUCCAGAACCGCCGAUCAACGGCGGCAAGUCUAACCUCAGAGGCAUGAGUGUGUGCCUCAGAAUCGUACUAAGGCGCCUGGAAGGAUUGGGCUUCGGUGGAUGCAAAGCACGAAAACUGUCAUCCAGCACGAACCAUGCGGAACAUGCAGGAUGCACAGGAGGAAAUAACUCCUCCUCUACCUUUAAUAAGGUAACCUUAUUCGGGGCGACUGUGCCUCUAACCGCAGAGACAAACACCCCACCAAACAACGGGAACCCCGAUGAAAUUGUACAACCACCCGAUGAUGCGGAGGAUAGGGAUCGUAGCGAGGACAGUAUUGAUAACGAUGAAGACGACCAUGAUAAUUGUCCAUCAGAUACGCAGUCCUUCUCUACGAUUUUCACGGCGUUGGAGGUUUUGGAUGACGAUAACCGCCCUCGGAUUUUUGAACUGGAGGCCUGA